AACUCUUUUUUUUUGUCCCACAUGAACUUUAAUAAGGAGAAAAAAGCAUUGCAAUGUUUGUGGCUAUUUAAAACCCCUUCUUACCUUGAUAAAUUGUUCUUUUUUUUCCCAUUUUCCCUUUCUUUUCUUUUUCUUUAUACAUACAAACAAAAAAAAUGAAAUUCUUUGCUGCUGUUUCUGGUAUUGCUUUGGCCCUUACAAGCGUUGCUGCACAAUUGACUGCUCCUAUGCAAAACUACAAUGUGAGUAGCCCUGUCUCCAAUGGUCCUUAUGUUGCAGGCCAAGUCUUACCUUGUACUAUUCAACUUUUCGAAAAUGUCGUAUCAGACAUUGCGCUUUCUAUCUCUCUUACUUCUGUUGCCUCCAGCAAUGUCAGUUACACCAUUGCCUCUUCUGUUGAUACCUCCAAGACAAGUGCCAGUGCUAAACAGAACGGUAAUGUUACUUAUUACGAACAUUCUGUCAAUUACAACAUUCCUACCACCAUUACCCCCGGUGCAUACAAUGUCGUGUUUUUCGAUUCCCGUACCAACACUCACCUUGACGUCCCUAUCAACGUUUUACCCGUCGCCUCUGCUUCCGUCGUGAAGUCCGCUUCUGCUACUGGUGCUUCAUCCUCUUCUUCUCCUUCCAUCUUCAAAGGUACAAGCGAUGUUGCUGCUAUGGCUCCUGGUUUGACUACCAAGGUCAUUGUCUCUCUUGCUGGUGUUGCUGCUUUGGCUUACAUGCUCUAAUCUGUACUCUCGAAAAAAAAAACUUCUGUUUAACAAAUAAUCAGGAUAGAAAAUAUGUACACAUCAACCCAAAAAAAAACUUAUAUAUACACAAUCAUAUAAUCCUAUUCUAUCGUCCUUGUUUCCUUGUCUACAAGUAAUUCCCUGCUUCUUUUUUUUUUUCUUCUAAUAAAUAAUCAAAUCAUUACACAAUUCA